CUGCUUGCUAGCCUAUAAAUAAACAAUGGAACUGCACUCCCGCAUUCCUCGCCGCAGAAAAUUCAAAGAAAGACGACGAAAGCUCUCUCUGUCCCUCUUGCCCUCUCUCACUCACUAAGCGAAUUCUUCUUCGCUUCUCUCUCUGGAAGUGAUAAACAUCUUUGUUUCCUUCUCAUCGGAUUCUCUAAAAGUACCCCGUCUUCGUCGUCUUCGAUUGAUCACAUCGGAAUUAAAGCAGAUUUUGGAUUUCAAUAGAUUAGCUUAAAGCCAGACAAUACCGUAUUUUCUCAUACGAUCAAUCCCUGAUUUCAUCGGAUCGGACCUGUGGUAAGGUGAUGGAAGUGUUGGAUCGGAUUCCAAGCGAAGCGAGGAAGAUCCUGCAUUCGCUGGCGUCGGAAUGGAGUGACGUGACGGAUUCGAGGGCGAUAGAGGUGGUGCCGCUCAAGGGGGCGUUGACGAACGAGGUAUUUGAGAUCAAUUGGGUGGCAGAGGGGAGAAGUGAAGGGGAAAGGGGGAGGAAGGUUUUGGUUAGGAUUUAUGGGGAAGGGGUGGAUGUGUUCUUCGAUCGGGAGGAUGAGAUCCGGACAUUUGAGUUCAUGUCGCGGCAUGGACAGGGUCCGCGAUUGCUUGGGAGAUUCAACAAUGGCCGCGUCGAGGAGUUCAUUCAUGCCAGGACUCUAUCGGCAACUGACCUGCAUGACCCAGAAAUAUCUGCUAUUAUAGCAUCAAAACUAAGGGAGUUUCACAACCUCGACAUGCCUGGUUCUAAGAGAGUUCAUCUAUGGGACAGAUUAAGAAAUUGGCUCAAAGCAGCCCAAAGCUUGUGCUCUGCAGAACAAGCUAAGGAAUUCUGUUUGGAUACUUUAGGAGAGCAGAUUAGUUCCUUGGAAAAGUUGUUGGCAGGGGAUGAACACAGAAUUGGAUUCUGCCACAAUGAUCUACAAUAUGGCAACAUUAUGAUGGACGAGGAAACAAAACAAAUCACCAUAAUAGACUACGAGUAUGCAGGCUUCAACCCAAUCGCAUAUGAUAUAGCUAAUCACUUUUGUGAAAUGGCUGCUGAUUACCAUUCCGACACCCCGCAUGUUCUGGACUAUAGGAAAUACCCAGAGCUUGAGCAGCGCAGAAGAUUUGUUCAUAUAUAUCUGAAAUCUUCAGGUGAAGAAGAUCCAUCUGAAGCGGAACUUGAUGAUUUACUUGACUCGAUUGAGAAAUAUGCUCUUGUCAGCCAUCUUAUCUGGGGCUUAUGGGGUAUAAUCUCGGAACAAGUGAAUGAAAUUGACUUUGAUUAUGUUGCGUAUGCAAGACAGAGAUUUCAGCAGUACCGCUUGAGAAAGCCCAUCCUUUAGUUUCAUGUAGAUUACACAUUUUAUUAAUUUUGCUGCCCUCUCAAUAUAUUUUUUGCUAAAAGACAGUGCUCGUUCAGCCCCUCAUGGCUGAUCAAAAUUUACUUGGUUUUAUUUUGAGAUAAAUAUAAUAUAAGAGUAGGCUAGUUCCUACAUUUUCUCAUUUUAAAAUAAAUUCAAAACAUUUACUAUCUAUGUUCAUUAAAUUUGGAUCAAAUAUCCUAAAUUUAAUAAAUAUAUAU